UCCAGUUCGCAAGCCUGGCUACAGGCACCCGCCUCUCAGACCGCUCACAGUUAUGAUAUGCCCUUGGCGCAACAGUCCGGCCCGCAGACUUGGCAGCAAGCAUCGGCCACCCCGACGGCUCACACUUAUGAUGUGCGCUCGCCGCACCCGUCCAAUCCGCAGAUUUGGCAGCAACCCCAGUCCGCUCACGGUUAUAGUACGUCUUCGCUGCAGCCGCCCGGCCCGCAGGCCCAACAGCAAGAAUCCCCCGUCCAGCCCGCCCAAUACCAUCAGCCGACGUCGCCGCAGCCGUCCGCUGGGCAAACGCCAGUGCAGACUGAAACAGACCCUGUCCCACAACGCUUGGAGUUGCCCUCCACGUAUCACGAGCUGCGUUCGAUGACUACCGACUCCCGGACCCAGGAGUUUUUGGGAACUUUGGAGGCACUGCCGAGCGUCGAGUCCCUCGUUGGCCCCCGACACUCGACCUCGGUGACGAUGAGGAUGGCGCAGUAUCUCCUUAGAGAAGAGGAAGAGGAACAGCGUAGGGGGAUGGGAGGACCGCCUGCAGAUUAGUAAAUAUUGUUUAUGUUUAUAAAGGCAUGUGUUAUAUGGUAUGAGCAAAGGAUACUCCG